AUGGUGUUCGACGGACGACGGACGGUUUCGGCGGCGGCGGCGAAGGCGAAGGCGCGGGACGCGAGCGCGGCGAGCGCGAGUCCGAGCGGACGGCUGAUCGAUACGAAAAAGGCGCGAAAGGCGUUCAUGAGCGCCGAGGCGGGGAAGGUGCUGAACGAUGACGUGGUGAGAGCGGCGCGCGAGCGCGACAAGGACGCGGAGGAUGGCGGCGAGGCGAGGUUCGGGAAAUUUAGCGCGCUGCGGGAGGAGGUGCAAGCGUUCGGCGCGCGCGGAUUGGCGAAGUGGGAUAGGCAGGCGCUGGAAACGAAACGAUUGGUCGAGCUCGGGAUGAAGCCGAAGAAAGGACCGAGGAUUCCGCCGACCAUCGGCGUCGGGUUGGCCAAGGCGAACGAAAAGCGCGCGGAGACGGCGAGGCAGGAGGCGUUCGCGGCUGGGUAUAAGCUCGAAAAGAAGGCGGCGAAGAAGUCGAGCGAUGCUGCGCGCGAUCGCGGAUUAGCGUGGGGGUCGUCGACGUUUAGUACCAGUAACGGGGUGAUGAAGGUGAACAAGAGAGACAUGGUGAAUCACGACAAGUUGGUGGACACGAAGGCGAUGCUGCGCGGCGAGGGCAGGCGGCCGCAGAUGAAGUCGUCCGGGAAGAAGACAAAGAAAAAAGGCAAGGCAGUCAAGGCGGGGAGAAAGUCCAAGCGAUGA